CGGAAAUAUUUGCCGCAACAAAGACAAACGGUGGUGAGCUGCUCCUGGCUGCGGUCUUGAUUAUCACGGAAUUUUGAGUUCGCCAUGUGGGGUUUUUCGUGGUAUUUGGAAUGGAUGUUAGUGUUCGUUGUUUGCGGCAAUAUGUUAAUCUGCAAGAGAACGUGAAUUGCUCUGUGCGAGUCCGGCUGUAGGCCUACUGAAGCUAACCCGUUCGUUCAGAGUAGAGCUACCGCUGCAAUGUUGACAGCGGUCAACUCUCACCUUUAGGUCACCUACCUUACUUGUCAAAACCAUAUGUCACACGUCCGAAGUAAAGAAAAGCUUAAACCACUUCAAAUGCCACGAGGUUCAACCGGACUACAAUUUUGCCAGCAGGAAUAUUCUGAGAAAAAGCACUCUGUCUGAUAUGUCAGUCUGGAGCUGUUCCUCCUCCAGAGACCUUCAUUGAUUCCCCCAUUGAGUCGUUAUAACUAUUCGAGCAUGGACUAACUCUUAUAAAGUGAAGAAAUAUUUUUCACAAUGAAAAGAAUUCUGCACAGUAUACACAACAUUUUCCUGAAAGUGGUGCUGUUCCCGACCACAAUUCGAGCAAAGGGUGGACGACCCCCUGCUUCUGAAUUGCUGACAUGUCAUCUUACCCAACGUAAGCUCCCUCCGUGGACAUCUUUCUCUGUGCGCUACAGCUCCAUUCAGAACGACCAGUUCGGACGCUCCAACUUCAACUGGCCAGUCCAGGGCGCAAACUACCAAAUACUGCGCACCGGGUGCUUUCCCUUCAUCAAGUACCAUUGCACCAAAGCGCCCCCACAGAAUCUGGACUUUGAGGACAGAUUUUUUGGCACACUGAAAGUCAUUAAUCUCGGUAUUCCCUGCCUGGCCUAUGGGAUUGGAUCGUGGAUGAUGAUCAGUGCGUCAGAAACUGUGCAAACAUCAGUGGGUCCUGUGACUGUGUACUUUCUUUACAAGGAAAAAGAGGGGGCACAGUACUAAUGUCUGGACUGUAAACCAAUGGUGAUUAAAUUAUAAAUCCAGCCAGAACUGCUUCAACUGCCCUACCUCCCUGUGGCGAUGUCCUUGGUUGGAUAGUCUUGUCAGAGUUUGACCUAAGCCUCAGAAUUGAAGGAGAUUAAAAAAUAUAUUUAUUAUCAAUUAAUUCAGUUAAUUGUCUUUUUUCAGUUAAGAAAAACGGGACUCCCAUUCUGCCGAAUGGAUUAUAUUUCAAGGCUGAAUCAUGCACAUUAGUUUACUGUGUAAUAAACCUUGUGU